GUGCAUCGCCCACCUUCGCUCCGUGGCUCACCUUUUCACUCCUUCUCUCUCCGUCUGUUUCUCUCUCAACACAAAGUUCAACCUCUCCUUUUCUCUGCUUCUCUCCGAGGCUUUUCAAGGAUUUUUCUUAUUCUUGUUCUUUUUCUGCUCAGACAAACUGAUAUCUACAAGCUCGUCAGCAUGCGCUGUGUGAGCUGGCUGUUGCUGGGGACCUGCCUCCUGGUCCUGGGCCCCGCGGUGCGGGGAGCCCCGAGCCAGUGCCCGAGCCUGUGCCACUGCCACGGCGACCUGCAGCACGUCAUCUGCGACAGCGUCGGGCUAAAGAAGAUCCCGAGGGUGUCGGAGGUCACACGUCUGCUCAACCUGCAGAGGAACAACCUGGGCAGCAUUCCCACGGGGGCCUUCAGCGAGAGCAAGGGACUCAUCUCUCUGCACAUGCAGCACUGUCAGCUCCGAGAGAUCGGCUCCCAGGCCUUCAAGGGCCUGAAGAAGCUCAUCUACCUCUACCUGUCCAACAACGAGAUCAGCAGCAUCAAGCCCGGCGCCUUCGAGGACCUCACCGAGCUCACCUACCUCUACCUAGACGGGAACCAGAUCAGCGACCUCGCCAAAGGCAUCUUCUCCCCGAUGAUAAACCUCUUCAUCCUGCAGCUCAACGACAACAAGCUGCGGGAGCUGCGGCCGGGGACUUUUACAGGCGCCAAAGACCUGCGCUGGCUGCACAUGAGCGGGAACGAGCUGACGACCCUGCAGCCGGGCUCUCUGGACGACGUGGAGAACCUCGCUAUACUCCACCUGGAGAGGAACAAGAUGUCCACCUAUCCGCUGGCGGCGAUGAGCAAACUGCGAGUGGUGGAGGAACUCACGCUAGGGAGGAACCCAAUGAGGACCAUCCCCGACAUCGCCUUCCAGAGCUUCGGCCGCUACAUGGAGAAACUAUACCUGGACAACAUGGGUCUGGAGAAGUUUGCUGACGGUGCUUUCACUGGUGUCACGGCGGUCAAGUCACUCCACCUUGACAACAACAAGCUAAAGUUCCUCCCCAGAAGCCUCGAAUAUGGCACCAUCACCAACCUCACCCUCUCCAACAACCCCUGGAGCUGCACGUGCCAGCUCGCUCCGCUGCGCAGGUGGAUGGACUCUAACCGCAACCGUCCAGACGCAGUGUGUGCAUCUCCACCUCAGCAGAAAGGAAAGCAAGUGAGAGACAGCACCGCCUUCAGCGGCUGCAAAGUGAAGCCAAAGAGAGCCAAAAAGGGCACACGUCACUGAGCACGCAGCUGUACAGGAGACGCUGAGGAGGAGCCUGUCCAGGUGACUGGCUACACAUGCAACGAAAAGCGACUCACUCUACUAUAAGACUGUCCAACUAUUCAUCUGACAAAUAUUGUCAUUGUGUAAACACAAACACAGAUACACUCGCUCUCUGUCUGUCUCCCUCACACCCAAACACACCCAAAGAGCUUCAUUUUCAUUCAUUAGAUCAAACACGAAGAGCUGAGUAUGAAGCGGAAAUGUGCAACCUGCAGGUGACCACCAAAAUAAAGGAUGCAUUUAAGCACAUAAACUGAGAAAAAACAUUAAUAUGUUGUUUUCUCUGGUGUUCUUCCCUGAUAAAUAUGUUCUUUUUUACGUUUCAGUGUCUUUAUUAGCAUGUGAAUAAUUUAAACUCAAACCAGGGAACCUUUAAUGACAGCUUGAUUAUUAUUAUUUUGUUUUUUUUUAAUCAUCCUUUAGCCUGACAGUGUUCCUUAUAAAUUCAAAUACAAAAAUUCGUAUUUCGGUCCAAGAAGCCCACCUCUGUUUUAGCAUCAAAAUGCUAUUUUCCAGAGCCCUCUUAAAACACUUUUUUUCUACAUAACCUGAUGUAGGUUUCUGCAUGUAAAACCCACCAAUGUAAUAAAAUCGGCAGCUUUUAUUGUAAUAAUCCCGCAAACAGCAGUUGCCCUCUACAAAUGUGAUACGUAAUUUCCUGCAAAUGCAAUAGCUAUUAUAUGUUGUUUGAUUUACAAAAUAAUACUGAAUAAAAUACAGUCGCUUUAUCUAUUAUUGGUAUGAAAUAUAAAAAUGAGUAUAGGAUUCAAAAAUUGCAUGAAGUGUCCUUUAUUUUGGUGGUUACCUGUAGAAGAAAAGACUUAACAAUAUGUGUGUUUUCAAUACAAAUUUGCAGAAAACGUAAGCAUUAUUUUCAAAAUGUCGAUAAAACACAAGUGCGACAUGACUGCGUUUCCAUUAAGUGAUGUGAUGCGACGUCUCUCGCGAUGUUCUGGGACUUGUUACUGUUAUAUCCAAGGCCACGUAGGCGUGUUAUGUGAGCGAUAAUGGAAAGGCAAGCCUCCUAUACACAGGGGCGGCCACGUGUGAGGGAUUUCUGGGAGCUGAUAGUCCACGAUUUCACAGAGGAAUUGUGGAUUAAAAACUUCCAGAUGAUCCGC